ACACACACAUACAUACAUAUGUACACGCAGUCACAUCUAUACACAUAUAUUUAGAUACUACCACGAGUAAUAAGAUCCUUCUCAAAAGGAUUUGAUUGAUUAACAGCAACACAAAAAAACGCCCAAAAGGCACAAGGAUUUUUGCGGUGGGAUUUAUCAUCACACGAGAUUUUGAAAAAUGAAGCAAGCUGCGAUGGUUCUUCCGCUGUUGGCCCUUGUGACGUUGAGCUUCGCCGGUCCGGAGAUGGUGGAGGCGGCGACCGGGCUGAACCCUCCGGUAAAGCUGACGUGGCAUUAUUACAAGGUUCACAAUACGUGCGAUGAUGCAGAAGCUUAUAUCAGACACCAAGUUGAACUAUUUUACAAACAGGACAAAAGCAUAGCUCCUAAGCUUGCUCGUCUCCUCUACUCUGAUUGUAUGGUCAAUGGAUGUGACGGUUCGGUUCUUCUAGAUGGUCCAAACUCGGAGAAGACAGCUCCUCAGAAUCGUGGACUUGGAGGUUUCAUUAUCAUUGAUAAGAUCAAAAGCGUUCUUGAAGAACGUUGUCCAGGAGUUGUUUCUUGUGCCGACAUCCUCAACCUUGCCACUAGAGACGCUGUUCACAUGGCGGGUGCACCAUCUUAUCCAGUAUUUACAGGGAGGAGAGACGGCACGAGCGUAGCAGUCGUGGAUCUACCACUACCAUCCAUCUCGUUGGAGCAAGCGCUGUCAUAUUUUCGUUCAAAAGGACUUGACAUUUUGGACAUGACAACUCUUCUUGGAGCACACUCAAUGGGCAAGACACACUGCAGUCACAUCGUGGACAGGCUAUACAACUUCCAAAACACUGGGAAACCAGAUCCGACAAUGAGCAAGACCUUAGUAAACCAGUUGAGAAAGCAGUGUCCUCCAAGAAAGUACAAAGGCCAAACAGAUCCUCUCGUGUUCCUAAACCCAGAUUCAGGAUCCAGCUUCAGAUUCAGCAACUCUUCCUAUUCUCGUGUACUGUCCAAUAACGCUGUGUUGGGCAUCGACCAGCAAUUGCUCUAUAACGCAAGCACGAUGGAGAUAACGAAGGAGUUUGCUUCUGGGUUUGAAGAUCUCAGAAAGUCUUUUGCUCUUGCCAUGUCUCGCAUGGGAUCUAUCAAUGUUUUGACCGGUAAAAAUGGUGAGAUUCGGAGAAACUGCAGAGUUAUUAACACAAAUUAUCGCGAUUGAGGAUCCGCGUUUUUUGUGUUAAUCUUUUAUUUAUGUUAAUAAUUAUGAAAAAAAGAAUAAAACAAGAUCCAAGAUUUUGAUUUGAUUUUGUCUCUUGUUUGUAAUAAUGACUAUAUAAGUUUAUGUGCUACAAGAUAUAACAAUGAUUUUUAAAAUA